AAUCAAAUAUCCCAAACAAAACCUAAAAAUACAACACACACACAACACCACAUUCUACACACUCACACUCGCAGCAUCAGCAGCAGAAAGAAGGCGCCAUCCAUUUAUAUCUUGGGUUUGUUUGUAUUGAGAAGAUCUAACAACUCCUCUAUCGAUUAAUAGAAUAAAAGGAAAAAGAAAAAUGGGUCUCCAAACACAGCCUUAUGGAAUACAGGGAAUGCUGAAAGAAGGACACAAACAUUUGUCUGGUUUGGAUGAAGCUGUUAUUAAAAACAUCGAUGCUUGUAAACAACUUUCCAACAUCACUCGAACUUCCCUUGGUCCCAAUGGCAUGAAUAAAAUGGUUAUCAAUCAUCUGGACAAGUUAUUUGUGACAAGUGAUACUGCCACCAUUGUGAAUGAACUCGAGAUUCAGCAUCCCGCUGCGAAACUUUUGGUAUUGGCAGGGAAAGCACAACAGGAAGAAAUCGGCGAUGGAGCCAAUCUGGUAGUUUCUUUUGCUGGAGAGCUUCUCCAGGGUGCGGAAGAGCUCAUUAGGAUGGGACUACAUCCCAGUGAAAUCAUUAUCGGAUACACUAAAGGAAUUAACGAGACUGUCAAGAUCUUAGAAGGAUUGGUCGAGGAAGGUUCCGACACCAUGGAUGUCAGGAACAGAGAUGAAGUUAUCUUAAGGAUGAAAGCCGCUGUUGCUAGCAAACAAUAUGGACAGGAGUCUAUUCUGUGUCCUCUAAUCGCAGAUGCAUGCAUUCAAGUUUGUCCAAGGAACCCGGUAAACUUCAAUGUUGAUAAUGUGAGAGUUGCAAAACUUCAAGGUGGUGGUCUUAAUAAUUGUACCACAGUUAGAGGCCUGGUACUUAAAGGUGAUACUGUAGGGAGUAUCAAGAGAAUAGAAAAGGCAAAGGUGGUUGUGAUAGCUGGUGGCGUUGAUACAACUGCAACUGAGACCAAAGGAACUGUUCUGAUUCACAGUGCUGAGCAGCUUGAAAAUUAUGCAAAAACUGAAGAAGCAAAGGUUGAAGAGCUCAUAAAAGCAGUUGCAGAAUCGGGUGCAAAGGUCAUAGUUAGUGGAGCAGCUGUAGGAGAGAUGGCUCUGCAUUUUUGUGAGCGUUACAAGAUCAUGGUUUUAAAGAUUGGCUCAAAGUUUGAACUUCGCCGUUUUUGCCGCACAACUGGUGCUGUUGCUCUUCUGAAGCUUGGGAGUGCUGUAAACCCUGAUGAUCUUGGAUAUGUGGACUCCAUUUCAGUUGAGGAGAUUGGUGGUGCUAGGGUAACUGUUGUAAGAAAUGAAGAAGGUGGGAACUCCGUGACCACUGUUUUGUUGCGAGCAAGUACUGAUAGCAUAUUGGAUGACCUGGAAAGGGCUGUUGAUGAUGGUGUCAACACUUACAAGGCAUUAUGCAGAGACAGUAGAUUUGUACCUGGAGCCGCAGCUACUGAAAUUGAAUUAGCCAGAAAACUGAAGGAAUUUUCUUUUACAGAGACAGGAUUAGAUCAGUAUGCUAUUGCAAAGUUUGCUGAGUGUUUUGAAAUGAUACCAAAAACUUUAGCUGAGAAUGCUGGGCUUAAUGCCAUGGAGAUCAUAUCUACUUUGUAUGCCGAGCAUGCUGCAGGAAAUGCCAAAGUUGGUAUAGACUUGGAAGAAGGAGCAUGUAAAGAUGUCUCAACAUUGAACAUAUGGGAUCUUUACGUAACCAAGUAUCAUGCACUCAAGUAUGCUGCUGAUGCAGUUUGUACGGUGUUACGUGUUGAUCAGAUAAUAAUGUCAAAACCAGCUGGUGGACCAAGUAGGAGAGAUCAACCGGCAGGAAUGGAUAAUGAAGAUUAAGAUUAGGCAAAAAUGAAGAUUUUUGGAUGUGUUUUAAUUUUGCUGAUAUAUGAAGUACUGCUUGGUUUAGAGGACUUAGUAUUAUGUAAUGGAUUUUGGGUAGUUGGGUGGUGGCGAUAGUUGAGUUUUGAGGUGUGUUUGUAUCAAAUUUGUGACAGGGUUUUUUUUUCGAGACAUUUGAUUUUGGCACCUAAACGAGAAUUAGUAAAAAUCAUGCAUGCAUUGCCUA